CCAAAGGAAUGUCUUAUCUUUUUUCCACUUAACACAAAAACUAGCAAAAGGCAAAAACAGAGUUCAAGACACCUCAGUUCCCUCUAUAAACAUUUCAAUAUGGUUUCUUGCACCAUGAAAUAUCAGUUGAGAUUGGUGUUGUUCUUCAUAUUAUGUGUAUUUGGAAAUUCAGAUACAGAAAAGGACAAAGAAGAGUGUACACAAUCAUUGAUUGGUUUAGCAACAUGUUUGCCUUAUGUUGGAGGUAAUGCACCAGCUCCUACACCAGAUUGCUGUACUGGAUUGAAACAAGUGUUGAAAGAUAGCAAGAAGUGUCUUUGUUUGUUAAUUAAGGAUAGAAAUGAUCCUGAUUUGGGACUUCAACUCAAUGUUACACUUGCUUUAACACUCCCCUCUGUUUGUAAAGCCCCUGCUAACAUCUCUGAAUGCCCUGCACUUCUCCACUUGCCUGCAAAUUCACCAGAUGCUCAAGUAUUCUAUCAAAUUGCUAAUAAUUCAAGCAGCAUUGCUGGCAGUCCAUCUGCACAUAGCCCCAUUCCUUCUGUUGGAUCUAGUCCCACAGGUGCCCCUGCUGGUGCUCCUAAAUCUGCUGGUUGUCAUAUUGGAAAGAGAUGGUUUGGAUUAGAAGCAAUUGUUGGUGUAGUCCUUCUUUGGUCUUUAACUUCAAAUUUCUUCAUAUGAUGAGUCUAAUAACCUUAUUUGUAUCAUAAUAAUUAAAUCUAUCAUUUUGUUAAAUGGAUGAUCCUUGUAUUCUUGUG